UGAUAAUUGAUAACAGAAUAUAUAAAUUUUUAGCACGGCGUGCGACAGAAAAUUACAUUAUUCACUUGGGUUGUUUUACGUUUGUUUAAAUAUGUUGAAACAAGCAUGUGGAUCAUUGUUUUCAGCAAGUACCCGAUUAUUUCGGUUAAGCGCUGAAAAUGUACUGUCCAGGCCGGCGAUCAUAAACAAUGUGUUAAGUAAAACUGUACAACAAAAUCUCGAUACUUGUAGAUUUUAUUCAACAUUUAUGUCAUCCAGGGUAAACACUACAAAUGAGAUUUUAAAUCGGAAUACAUGUAUUGUUCCAUCAAAUGUGCUCAGCAAUUUCAAUGUUCAACCGAAUCGAGGCUUGACAAAGUUUUCUUUGAAAAAAGGCAAAAGAAAAACUGUGAAGACGGUAGUUGAUCGAUUUUACCGUUUAGCAUGGGGCAUAUGGAUUCGAACAAAGUGUGGCCGUAGCAAAAAAUUGUGGAAAAAACCUGCCGCUAGAAAAAGGAGAUUGAGGCAACAUGUAUUUUGUAACGCUAAACAGAGUACACUUUUGGAUAAAAUGACAACAAAGUAUUGGAAGAAGAGGAGAUAUUACCCAGACGAUCCAUAUGAACCAUAUCAUAGCCGAGAAGAAUUUCCGUUUACUAGAAAAAAUCCUUUACCUGAAUAGUACCGGCAAAUUUAAAAAUACAGUAAUAAUAUUUAUAAUUAGCGUUGUAUUAUAGAAUUUAUAACUAAACCAGUAAACAUUUGUUCUAAUCUGAAAA